AUGAUGUUUGGUAUCAAGAAUAAGAAGGGCAUUAAUGCCGCGGUCGCUGGCUUGUCUUCCAACUCCAAGUCCUUUGCGUCACCCCAUACUGUUCCACGCAGUCCAUUAGAAAAGGUAGUUACAUUCGGCAAAAGCAUCUACCACUCUUUCUCCGCCACCUUGACCUGCAAAAUCUCUGGACAAAACUCACCGACUAAGGGGUCGGCCUCGCCGAACCUUCUACCAAGCAACGCAUCGACCGUCACAAAAUCAUCUCAACAGAACUUAGACGUCUGUAACACUGGUUUUUUGUCUCAAAAAUCCUCAAACUCUACGGCACCAACCGAAAAUUCUCUCCCGCUUCCAGACUGUGGCGAUACGUUCUACGUGCCCGGUAUCUCUCCUCCUCCUGGCUCUCAUCCAGAUCCACAACAAGCGCCUGUUCAGGAGCAAGAUAUCCUCUCAGUAAGCUCAAUGAGAUCUAUCACUCUCAGCGAGAUCACUGAGCCUAUGAAUCAGGCUGAAGAAGAGAUCUCUGCGAAGACAGAGCGGCUCCAUGUAAAGAAUGGAAAGACAGACCGUCUGCGCCGGCGCCUGAAGGCUACUUACAAAAAGUUUGUCUUACCGCAACUUGUGCUCCAACGACUCCUUAAGCUUGAUCGCCAGGAAUCCGGCCGUUGUGACUCCGUCAUCGGGGCAGGUGCGCAUUCUGAGAUCAGUGAACCAGUCGAGCAGUGCGAAAUCGUAGAUGGCGAUUCGGAAGACGAUGAAGAUGACGGCUCUCACCCACGUUGUGAGUUCAAGACUAUUGAAGCCAUACCCGAUGCGAAGUACCGCGAGCUAUUCAAGGCCUGCAAUCUGUCUUCUUCGAUCAACGACGUGGAUGUAGUACGUCGCGAGAAGGGCGCGUACAAUGCAGCGACUUUUGUCAAUGUUCGCGAUGGGGUGCAGAUCCGCAAAUUCGUGGUCCGCGUUCCUGGUCACGGAACUCUUGAACACUGGACGGAUGAAGAUGCAUACGUGUUAGAGCGCGAGGCACAACUCAUCGAGUACAUUCGCAAGAACACUGCCGCACCCGUCGCACAAAUUGUCGACUACUAUACUGGCCACGACAACGCGCUUGGUUUUCCUUACAUUGUUAUGACGAUGUUGCCCGGCAAGCCUGCCUACACUGUCUGGUUUCCUGAAGACUACCCUUUCAUAGGUGAAGAUCGGGCCUUCCGUAAUGCAGACGUCCCACCUCCCCACAUCGAGAAGAAGCGCCUUGUGUUUCUACGCUCAUUGGCGAAAGUAAUGACACAGAUUCAGAGCCUUGAAUUUGAAGGUAUCGGAGUACCUACGUUUGAUGACGACGGUAAUCUCACCGGGACUGGUCCCACAUGUCAUUUCAAGGGUGUAUCUGACGAUUCCUUCAAACGUCAACCAGCUGCUACCACCCAGGAGUAUCUCCAGGCUCGUAUGAAAGCCAAGGUAAAACAAAUGAAUGAGCGACGCACGCCAGGCGACUCGGACGCCGUCUUUAGAGAUUUUGGUAUUCGAACCAUCCUCAGUCUCGUCUUCGCUCAGCCUGUUUUCAAUGGGCCGACUGGCGAAACGUUCACCAUCCGUCACAACGAUCUCGAUCUGCAAAACAUUCUUGUCAACGAUGACGGCAACGUGACCGGAAUUAUCGAUUGGGACAAUGCCAUGGCUGCACCACGCUGUGUCGGUGCUUCGGCUGUCCCAAUGUUUCUACGCAGCGAUUGGUUUCCAAACUACACAUUUAGCUUGGAAAUCCCGCCAUGUAUGGCAUGGAACCAUCAUCACUACCGCGAGAUCUACGCAGCGGCUAUGAUCGAGGCCGGCAACGUCGAAGACGCCAAAUUCACAACAAAAUCUGCUCUCUACCAAGCCGCCAUCGCUACGUGCACUCAAGGUGGGAGUGUUGAUGACUUCAUUCCAAAGUUACUCCACGAGAUCCCCCAUUGCCGCGUCGACGCUGGUGAUUUCCUGAAUGGUCUGGGUAUGGGUGCUUGGCAUUCAGCAAUACGCAUGCUCGAGACACAAUUCGCAAAGAUCUUCGAACCAGAGUUACCUCCCGUGGGCCUGCUUGAGGCACUAGAUGUCGAGCUGGAGAUGCAGACUACUUGGUGGACAUGUUGCAAUGAGCUUCUUGACCUAUACGAGGUUGAACGGACUGAUGACGCCCCUCUAUCGUCACACAAAUCCAUGACCGGCUCGGAGUAA